AUCAAAAUGGGAAGGAGAAAAAAGCGAAAAGUACAAGUAUUCGCUCCGCGUUGGCUCUUCGAAUUUCCUGCGAUAAUACGUCUAUUUGAAAACAAAAGAAAAAAAACGUUGCUAACUUUUCUGCAAAAUCCGGGGAAUCAUAAACGUAUCGUUGACGAUACACCUGAAGAUAAAUUUCCGUCGAUGAAUUAAUACCGAAACUAAGAAGAUAAAUCGGAACUCCAUCCUUACCCUCGUCAAGAUCCCUCUGCAAGUUUGGAUAUCGCAACCGCAGGCAAAAUGUUGCGGCCAAUAUCUGCCGUCAGCCUUCUCGCAUUAUCGACGAUAUUGUCGUCGACGGUUGCAACAGCAGACGUGGAAGACGACACGACGAAGAUUGUCGGUGGAACAUCAGCGAAGGAUGGACAAUUUCCUUACCAAGUAUCGCUUCGUUCGAAAAAUCGUCACUUUUGCGGUGGUUCGAUAAUAAACGAGCGAUGGAUACUGACUGCGGCGCAUUGCCUCUACGGAUCGAACAACGACAGCGUCACCGUGGUGGCCGGAACUACUACCUUAGACAAUGGAGGCGAUUCCUAUCAAUCGCUCAGAUUAAUCUGCCAUCCGAGUUACAGCCAGAUACUAAUUCGCAACGACAUUGGUCUGAUCGAAGUCGAGAAGCCGAUAUUAUUCACGGACAAAGUUCAACCCGUUGCUCUUCCAAUCGAAGAUUCAGAUAAACCUGAUCAAACGGCCGUCUUGUCAGGCUGGGGAACGACGUCGUAUCCCGGAAAAACGCCAAACGAACUUCAGCACAUAACUCUGAGCGUCAUCGACCAGAACGAAUGCCUCAACACAAGCUUUCGCGUAACGAAGAACAAUAUCUGUACAUUGAACAAAAUGGGCGAGGGCGCCUGUCACGGUGAUUCCGGAGGUCCGCUCGUUUCUGAAAAGGUACAAAUCGGGAUUGUCUCGUGGGGAACACCCUGCGCUAAAGGAAAACCCGACGUUUUUACCCGGGUAUUCAGCUACGUCGACUGGAUAGCAAACAACACGAACGUGUGACGGAUAUCAUUAGUACCUACGUAAUUACAUACAUUUAAUUUGCACUUCUUUGUUGUUACUCUGUAUAAUAAAUCCGAUUAACAAGGCUGAAGUUAGUAACGUUAACGCAACGAAACGUGAUGGAGAAAAUCGUUGCCGUACAAUUUUAGAACGAUUUUCCGAGAAGUUUACUUUUCAAAAUAUGAACAUAUUUUCUUUGCUACAAUUUAUUCGCUGAAUUUCACACAGUUCUAAGGAUCAAGACAACGAUUUUUCCCAAAAAUCCAUCGCUAAAGUAACGUUACUACUCUCAACCUCGUUCCGAUUAAACAAGUGUAAUGAAACAUGUGAAUUAAAAACUAACCGUAAGCGAAAUUCUGAGAAAUCCCAUGUGUAAUAAAAUUAUACACGCUGAAAACUACUUAAAUAUAAUAUGUGAGUAAAUACUGCGCUUGAAGAUGAACAGUGUGAUAAUUUAAAUAAAUUC